GCAAAAGAAUGCUCGGUCCUAACUCAAGAGGUAAAACGGGAAGUUUGGCUCUCUGUCAAGUUAUACAUCAACCAAUGCUGUAACAUAGCUCCCGGAAUCGAGAUCAAAUGGACACCUAAAAGGCAUUGUAUGACCAGUCGACGCUAGGAGGUUCGCAAUGAUGUUUCCUUCCUGUAACACGUGCUCCACUCGAACCACCGAGUCCCUCUCUAUCAUUCGCUAGUUUGCAUUGUCAGCUGGAUGUGAGGACUAGAAAGGCGGCACCAAGUGCACCAACUCCACUACAACCCGAGAAUCUGUCUCCAGUACAAGCUUUCGAACACCUAGGGUCCAUGCAUACUGCAAUCCCUGUAGUAUCCAUAUCAUCUCUGCUUGUGUUAUCGAUCCUCCCCCUAAAUUUGUCGUAAAUGCACUCAAGAACCGAUAUGCUUCAUCCCUAACAACUCCCUUUGUCGCCGCACUCUGCUGGAAUAAGAAUAUCAUAUUCAUAUAUGAUAAUAUCAUGAUUAAAAAUUUUAUAAAGUUAUCUCUCUUUUUGUUCGAUAAAUGAUUGUUAGCCCAAAAAUUAAAAUUUAUAUAUUGGAUAAAAAGUGGAAAUUAACCUCAUAUUUCUCUUUCCCCCCCUUUUUACUAUAGAAAUGUUCUAAAGUAAAAAAGCACGCGGGUACUCGGUAGAUUCGCUACGCUUGCCCGCACCACAUCAACAUUCCUUCUCUCGACUCAAUACGUCCCAAAAUUUCUGAUCGGAGAGCAUCCUCAGUUCACACUCCCAACUGAAAACCAAAACUCGGCAGCGACUCAGAAUAAACCGAUCUCAAUCGGCGGAGAUGAUCGUCUGCGUCGCCGUCGUCGGGCAUCAGAACAAUCCGCUGUACAUUCAGAGCUUCACGGAGGCGGACGACGCGUUGAAGCUCCAUCACAUCGUUCACUGCUCCCUCGACGUUGUCGAUGAGCGAGUGAAUAAUCCGAAGAAAUCCGGGCCAACUCUGAACGAAACGUUUCUGGGAUUGCUGUAUCCGACUGAGAAUUACAAAGUGUAUGGAUAUCUGACUAACACGAAGGUGAAGUUCAUCUUGGUAACAACGGAUUUAGACGUCAGAGACGUGGAUGUGAGAAAUUUUUUCCGGAGGUUCCAUGCUGCAUAUGUUGACGCCGUCUCAAACCCCUUUCACGUACCGGGUAAAAAGAUCACAUCAAGGACUUUUGCAGAAAGAGUUAGCAACAUUGUCAAGUCAUUUGGGCUGAGCUCAACUUGAUUGCAUAUUCAGUAAUCUUUGGUGAAACCUGUUGACAAUGUGAUCUUGCUCCUUUUUUUGUUCCAACCAUGGUUGAAUUCAGAAGUUUUGUAACAAAGAUAUAGUUGUUAA